UCCCCGUUUGCUGCUGUGCUGCCGCUCUCGGAGGGGCCUCAGGCGGAGCGCAGCGCAGUAGGACAGCGCACGGAGGCAGCUCUAGCGCGCCUCCUUCUCGCCAGGAGUCUGCUUUGGGCUGCGCGGCUUCCCUCCUUCUCUCCCUUUCCCUCCUCCUCCUCCUCCUCCUCGACCUCCUCUUCCUGCUCGUCCCGAUCCGACCCAGAUGUGAGCGCGCCCGGCCCGAGCCCCUCCGCCUCCGCCGCAUCCAACGCGCCCCGUUCGCAACAGCCUUGAGUCCCCGCGGGAGAAAUAUGUGGCAGCCGGCAACGGAGAGACUGCAGCACUUCCAGACCAUGCUGAAGACUAAGCUAAAUGUCCUAACUCUUCGGAAGGAGCCUCUCCCCGCUGUAAUAUUCCAUGAGCCAGAAGCUAUAGAACUGUGCACCACAACUCCAUUAAUGAAGACCCGGGCACAUGCUGGAUGCAAGGUUACGUAUUUGGGUAAAAUUUCAACAACGGGAAUGCAGUUUUUGUCAGGUUGUACAGAGAAACCAGUCAUUGAAUUGUGGAAGAAGCACACCCUCGCCAGAGAAGACAUCUUCCCAGCUAAUGCCCUCCUGGAAAUCCGCCCCUUCCAAGUUUGGCUUCAUCAUCUGGACCUCAAAGGAGAGGCCACUGUCCACAUGGAUACCUUUCAGGUUGCACGUAUUGCUUACUGCACUGCCGACCAUAAUGUCAGCCCAAACAUUUUUGCUUGGGUUUAUCGGGAGAUCAACGACGAUUUGUCCUAUCAAAUGGACUGCCAUGCUGUAGAGUGUGAGAGCAAGCUAGAAGCCAAGAAGUUGGCUCAUGCCAUGAUGGAGGCCUUUAAGAAGACUUUCCAUAGCAUGAAGAGUGAUGGCCGGAUCCACAGAAAUAGCUCCUCCGAAGAAAUGUCUCAAGAAAUGGAAUCUGACGAUGGCUGACUUGACCCUGUUGACGGUUAAGCGGAAGCAGAAAUGGCCCUGGGAAUAGAAGCAUAUGGAUGAAUAAGCAACAGUUCGGUUUGGGAGUAUUGAAACUCCCAACACCUGACUGAUCAGCUUUUCUGAAUAAAAUAAAAGAAGCAAUUCAGUAAAUUCCUUAAAUAUAUUCAUCUUUAUAAUAACUGCAUCACAAUGAAAUUUGCUGCUGUUGUUUUUUAAAUGUGACUAAGCUUAUUUUCUUUUUUUGUUCAUUUUAUCUUCCAGACCCAUUUUAUCCCUUGCUGUUCAGAUUCACUUCAUAAGGAUGAUAAAUUAUUUCUAUUUGCUUAUUGAAAUCCACUGAGCAGUUAACAAUAAGAACAUGUUGGAGGUUGCUAGUAUCUAAUGUGCUAGCAAGUGUGUGCUGUUUCUACAGAAAAGUGCUGAAUAUGGUUUGGUGGCCAGCAGCACAUCCUGUUGAUCACCUCCAAACUGAAAUAGGUACCUGCAACCUUUCAGGGAAGCAGGCUGACAGUCUACCGUUAAUUAACAUUUCACAGAUUGAAUAUUCAAAGAUGUUUAUAUGUUCACCUUAUAAUCAUAUGAUAUAUUUUAUUUUAGUCAUUUUACCAUUUUUAACAUACCUGCAUCCACUCAUCUUCCAAUUAGCACCAUUAUUAUUUUUUAAAUAUUGUAGGGAUACCAAAAGGUGGAGUGAAGUAUGGGAAAUUUGUGAAUUCAUCCACUUUGAAUCCCUGAUUCAGUAGACAGGGUUGCUGCUGAAGGUUGAGAGAAAUGGAUUUGAGACCUUGGGCUGUGUUACAUGUUGUCUUUCAGUCAUGGCAUGGAAUGAGAACGUCAGUUCUACUACAGUCCUACUGUUAUUCAAUUCCAUAUUUUUAUGAGAUGCCCCUUACACUCAAGGGUCAGGGUUGAGCUACUACAAUGAUCUUGGCCAUCUUGUAGUGAAAAUUCAAGAAUCCCCUGGAAUCAAAUUUGAAUGCAGAUGGUUUGUUCUGAUUUGAAUCUCAUACUAGCAUUCCGAAAUCCCUUUCUGAUCAUGAAUGAAAGGGUUCCUAAUUUAACUUGGUUUAAAAAACACAUUUAAAGGCCAAAUGAUGAUUAAUAGUUUGCAGGUAAUGCUGCUCCUUUAUACCGUCUUCUUCAUAAACCGUGGUAAUGUUAGGAGCACUAGGGCACCUUACAGAAGCCUUAAAGAAAGCUAAUCAAAACAGAUAGCUAUAGAAGUAUGUUCCAUUGUGUAUGAAUAUGUACACUUUGUAUGUUUGUGUGUAUGUGUGUGCGUGUAUGUAUGUGAGCGAUCCGUGUUACAGCAUGUAGAUUGAUCAUGGGAUACCGAAGAGGACUUGGGCCUCUUGAAAUAUGCUUAUUGCUUUUAAAUGUAUGUAAACUAUUCUGCAACAUAAAGGCAUUCAUACUUUAAUAAAAAAAAGUUUGAAUUAAAGAUAAAUAA